GUUUCUUCCUCCUAGCAUCGGAUGGGUAAACUUCAUUUUCAUAAAUAGAACGGUCUUUGACUUUGAGGUAUUUAAGGCACCUAUCAUUUAUGUGAUACGUCUUCUCUUUUAUGCUCGGGUUUCUAGGGUUGCCGACUCAGGCGACGCCUAGCUUUUUGUCCGGCGGUGCUUCGCUCAGACGAGUACGGUGCCGAGAAGGUCUUUGUUAUUGGCUGCAGGAGGAGAUCACAGGGAGGAUUUUGGUAGGGAAGAGUCAAUGAGCAUCUUAUCGUGAAAUUGUAGAGGACUGUACAAGAAGAUGGAAAUCGGGGUAGAGGAAGAAAACCUGGAUCUAGAUGAAGCUGAUGUUGAGGGUGUGGCGGAUGAGCGGCGGGCGCGUCCCCCUCCCGAGCCGCGGCCAUGGAGUGCAAGUAAAUCUAGGGUUUGGAAGAAGAUGGGUGAACUCUAUUUUAAUUGCAUUUUAUUCAGUUUGUGUUUUUCUGUCGAAUUACAUGUUGUUUUGGACAUGUUCUUUUUUCCUAGUAGAGAAAUUCUUAAAUUUAGGUUAGAUGCUGAGAAGUCUGGUUUUUCAGUCAUUGGCUCAGUUAUGCCCAUUACAGGAUCAACGAAUGUUAUUGCUUCUACAGAGGUGAUAGAUUCUCAGUCUGGUUCGAGGGCGGACGGUAGACAUAAGACUUUUUAUCAUUUUGUUUACUCCUUGAUUGUAUUAUCAGCCAUGUGACGAACAUUAUUUUGAUUUAAUAUAUUAGUUGGAUUUGAUGAUAAAAAAAAUGCACCUAUCAUUUAUGUUGUUGUGCAGAAAGUUGGUAGCUGAAGUGAAGAUCUUGACUCACAAUCAAACAGGCGGUGACACUGAGUUGGAGAUGUGCUGCCAGCAGCGGCAAGUUCCUUCACACACUGAAUUUCAGAAACUAUCAGCGUAACCCUAAGGUCAUACCACUAAUUUAAAGUUAUAUUAAAUUUGUGUUAAAGUCUUUUUGCACCGGAACCUCACCAUCUGAAUAAGCUUUAUUGAAUCUACUUUCAAUAAAGCCCCUACAUCCUGAAGCUGAAAGUGUACCCUAUAAUCUUCUUUACUUCGUUUGGCAUUGUCUCAUGAAUGCUCUUUUCUUCUCCUUCCACUUGAGUUGAUUCUUUGAGUUCCCAUUGGUUUCCUCUAGCACCCAGGAAACCAUUAAAAAUUGAACUCAUUUUUGCCAUAAUCUAGUAUCUAAGAUUAUCUGAAGGUAACCAUGAGAGGCUAGCAAGUACUUAGCUGGAGACCAUCAAGACUAUAAGUUUCGCUUCGGAGAAGAAGACAUCCACAAUUUUUUUGAUGUAGUGUUCGAAGGACCCUGUAUGUUAGCCC